AUGGCCGUCGUUCUUCCCGGAGAACAAGUCCCUGCAAAGCAUGUGAACCUCAAGUUGGGCCCUGGUCUAUUACAGCAAUCCAAUUAUACAGGCGAAAGUUCAGAAACUACAGUGAUAUCCACCAAGGCAGGGGUUCUAAACCACUCUACAAACCGAAGUAAAUGGUGGGUUGAGGGCAAUUCAAGGCGUUAUGUCCCAGCACCGCAGGAAUCUGUAAUCGGCGUCGUAACCCAGCGACUUGGCGAAGGAUAUCGAGUGGAUAUUGGAAGUGCGCACCAGGCCUCACUUGAUGCUCUGGCUUUCGAAGGAGCUACUAAACGGAAUAAACCUAAUCUGAAGGUGGGCAGCCUAAUUUAUGCCCGAGUCUCUCUUGCACACAAGGACAUGGAACCGGAACUCGAGUGCUUCGACGCGCAGACAAGAAAAGCCGAGGGCUUUGGAGAAUUAAAGGGCGGAUUCAUGAUCAAGUGUAGCUUGAAGCUCUGCCGAGAUCUUCUGGACCCAAGACACUUCCUCUUCCCGCUGUUAGGAGCCCGUUUCCCAUUGGAAUCAGCAAUAGGAAUGAAUGGACGGGUUUGGAUUAGCACCAAAGAUGUCAAGCACACUAUUGCCAUCGCACGAUGCAUCGAGGCCGUCGAUCCUGAUGGCGAGGGGAAGGACGCGAACGACAUCAAGGCCUUCCUGCAAACGUUGGACCUGUAA